AUGGAAUUCGUGAUUGGAGGAGAGUUGGCCGCAGUCAGCAGAAAUGGGGGAAAGGGGGGGUGUGGUGUAGCUUCUAGGGAUGAUCGGAAUGAAAGAGUAGCAAGAGCCUUCUAA